UCACACUUCAAAUCGUGUUAUUCAACUUGCCAAACAGCUGUGGAAAUUUAUAAAAUUCAUUUAACAUACACAAUGUUGAGCCUGCGGGGGAUGCUGCCACGGAGCAAACAGAUUGCCGGCGCCCUUGGGAACGUGAAGCGCCAGCUACCGAUUCCCCUGUCACAGAACUGCAGAUGCAUUGCCGGCUUGAGUUGGACGAAAACGUUGCCGCUGCAAAAACAACACCAGCCAUCACAGCAACAGCAAAAACAACUGCAGAGCAGGUGGCUUUCGAGCAAGUCAACAAAAACCGAUUCCGAGGAGGCACUGCAGCGCAUCUACUAUGGAACACUGGCACCGCGCAUGAAGAUGGUCAAGUUCUUCUCACUGAGCACCAGCUUGGCGGGCAUUGCCGCUCAGCCGAUACUCCUCGAACAGGGCAUGAAGAUCGGAGGCACUGGGAUGGCCGUGUUCCUUUGCUCCGUGGGUGGAUUCUUCACUUUCGUGACUCCGCUGCUGCUGCACUUCAUCACCAAGAAGUAUGUGACGGAGCUCCACUACAACCCACAGACGGAGGAAUACACGGCCACAACGAUCUCUUUGCUACUGCAAAAGAUCAAGACAAAAUUCCGACCCAGCGAUGUCACUGUUCCCGAAGUUCCCGGCAUGUUCACCUCGUUUUUGGUGGGCAAACGUCCUCUGUUCAUAGAUCCAGCGCUGUUUGACGAUCCCGAGCACUAUGUGCGGAUUAUGGGCUACGACAAGCCUAUUGACUUCAAACUGGACCUCAGUCCGGAAGCUGACAAGACCCCAAAGAGCCAAGAGAAGCAAUAAACCUUAUCGUUGGUUAACA